AUGGAUUUCAUCAAGACCACUUCCGCGUGCCCUGAACUGGUCCAGACGGUCAAACCGAGAAUUGGCGUCCAGACCGUGCGGAACGGCCGACCGAGGAACAUCCGUACCACGUUCGGCCAACGUCCGGACACUCCGUCAAUCCCGCCUGAACGCAUGGCCGACUCACGUAUCGACCCGGAGAAGCAUCGUCCCACGGUCGACCAUCAUAGUCCCGCGACCAUAGGCCGCGCACGACCGCACCGCGCGAGCAGGAGGGUAACGCCUCACGACCGUGCGGCACAACCCGUGCCACACGCACGACCCAUCCGUCCGAUCAGGAAGGCCUCGUCCCACGUCCGGCCGAAUCUCUCGACCAUAUCAUCCGUCCGGCCGAACCCGACGAACGAACGAAGAAUCUCUCGGCCACGAUCGACCCGACCGUGCCGAUAG